CUUUUAAAUGAGAAAAUAGUGAAACAAUUAGUUGAAGUGAUUAAGUGAAUGUUGAGUUAAUCCAAAGGUAAAAACAUUGUUUAAAAGGAAUCAGAAUCCUUUUGAGACAUGAAUGAAUCCACUGGAGGCUUAUGGAUUCACUCAUUUCUUGUGGUCACUAUUGGUCAUCGCUAAUGGUCAAUGGAUGGGGCGAGUUUAUUUAAGUCCAUUAUCUUUGAAAAUUGAUUAGCAUUUUUGUUCCUGAGAUCAGUUGAUUCCUUCUGAUUGGAUAGUUGCUGAUGAAAACUGGACAAUUUGUCAGUUGGUCACUUCCAUCAUCUACUUGUUGACCGAUUCGGAGCAUUUUCUUGGGCUCAAGUCAAAAUUUUUGUUUCACUUUUCUGGUAACAAUUAACAAUUGAAGGUUGAUUAUUUUCUCGCGUUUAACAAUAUCGAAAAGUUUCAAUUUAAUUAAUCAUGUGGGAUCAUUUUAUUUUCAUUUGGUUUAUUGUUCUUGUCUUUUUUGGUCAAUACUCUGAGGUAACUGGACGUUACUGUGACCCGAACUUAUGUCCACCGUCAACAUGUUUCUGUCCCACCGCUGAACCUUUAUUUCCCUCCCUUGAUCAAAUCCCUCAAUUGGUCAUGUUAACAUUUGAUGACGGAGUUAAUGGAAUCAAUUAUGAAACAUAUAAACAAGUUUACAGUCGUCGACAUGAUAGUACUGAUUGUCCAGUUCGGUCCACUUUCUUUGUAACUCAUGAGUACACUGAUUAUCAUUUGGUUCACAAUUUGUGGAGACGAGGAAAUGAGAUCGCUGUCCAUUCAAUAACUCACAAUCGUAAUCUUGAUGUCUACAAUGCUCCCGUCGCUCAUUGGCGAGCCGAAAUGGGAGGAAUGAAGAAAAUGCUUUCCUACUUUGCCGAUAUUCCAGAAUCGGACAUUAAGGGCAUUCGAGUCCCGUUUUUGCAAAGCGCUGGUGACCAAACAUGGGAGGCAAUGAAAGAAGAUAAUUUUCUCUAUGACUCAUCGGUUCCCGUUCGCAAUUUCGUCAACCCUCCAUUGUAUCCAUACACUCUGGACAUGGGACUAGUCGACGAUUGUCAAAUUGAGCCUUGUCCAAAUGGUCGAUAUCCUGGACUCUGGGAAGUUCCAAUGGUCAACUGGAAAAUGCAAGACGUUAAUGUAGAUCAAGACGGUAAACCAUUGGAGGUCAUUUGUGCGAUGGUCGAUGCUUGCGUUCCCAAUCCAAAUACGACCGAAUGGGCUUAUCGAUAUCUGAUGGAUAAUUUCAUGAGACACUAUCAAGUCAAUCGAGCUCCUUUUCCGGUUUUCAUGCAUGAAUUUUGGCUUCUUGACCCACAUCGAAAAGAGGCCUAUUUCCGUUUCAUCGAUACUCUCCUUCAAAUGUCCGAUGUUUUCUUUGUCACCAUAAGUGAGGUCAUUGAUUAUCUUAAAUCACCAAUUUCUGUUGAUCAAUUUAAGAAACGAACCAAUGAAACUUGUAUUAAAUCACCGAAAUCAACAAGUUGCGCCCAUAAAUAUGGUGCCAUUAAUUGUGAAUACAAUGGACUCGAAAUGUUCAAAAAUUGGCCACGAUACAUGAGAGUCUGUGGUCACUCAUGUCCACCCAAUUAUCCCUGGUUGAAUAAUCCAAUGGGCCAUUAAUGGUUUUUUCCUCUUCCUUAAUCUGUAUUUAAUUGUAAACGAAUUCACAACCAAUGAUUAAAUUAAUUGGAAAAUUUA